CCGGCGCGACUAGAAAGCGCCCGGCUGAGUUCCACUGGACUAAUCUAGCAGGGUUGCUUCCACCUUGGGGCCAAUGAUCUAACCUUCUCCUCUAGCCCCCGUGCUUCCAUCUUCCUCAUCCUUUCCCAGUCUCCCCCUCGUGCGUAGUGGUUUGGCCCAUCCGUCUGCGUUCCUUCCGCCGGCGCCUGGAUGCCCCUGUGCGAGCACAGCCAGAUGUGGGCCAACGGCCUAGGUUCCCGGGUGUGAGGCAGUAUCAGCUGCUACCAUGUCCUCCUUCUGCCUUAUCAGUGACGGGCUUGAGAAAGGCCAAGCCCAUUGAGCUCAGCACAGGCGAUCGAUUGCCUCAUUCGAGCCUCUAUCCUUCCAGCAUUACCUAGGAACAGUUUGAGAUCUAAUUAAGAUCCAUUUCCUCACUUUGUUGCUGCAUCUUUUAUAACUGCUGCCAGGCACAAUGAAGGUUCUCUUACUGAAAGAUGCCAAGGAUGAUGACAGUGGCCAGGAUCCAUAUAUCCAGGAACUGCGAUUGUGUGGCCUAGAAGCUACGCUGAUUCCUGUUCUGUCAUUUGAGUUUAUGUCUCUCCCCAGUUUGUCAGAAAAGCUGUCUCAUCCUGAAGGCUUUGGAGGACUCAUUUUCACCAGCCCCAGGGCUGUGGAAGCAGUGAAACUGUGUUUGGAGAAGGACAAUAAAACUGAAGUCUGGGAGAAGUCUCUGAAAGACAGAUGGAAUGCCAAGUCUGUGUAUGUGGUUGGAAAUGCCACCGCUUCUCUAGUGAAUAAAAUUGGCCUGGAUGCAGAAGGAGCGGGCAGUGGAAAUGCAGAAAAGCUCGCUGAAUAUAUUUGUUCAAAGCCGUCGUCAGAACUGCCUCUUCUCUUUCCCUGUGGAACUAUCAAAGGAGACACUCUUCCACAAAUGCUCAAGGACAAAGGGAUUCCCAUGGAAAGCAUGCAUGUCUAUCAAACAAUUCCACACCCUGGAAUUCAAGGGAGCCUGGAGAACUACUAUGAAGAUCAGGGUAUCCCAGCCAGCAUCACGUUUUUCAGUCCCUCUGGCCUUAAAUACAGCCUCGAGUAUAUUCAGGCGUUAUCUGGUGGCAGCUUUGAUCAGAUUAAGUUUGUAGCCAUUGGCCCCAGUACAACUCGUGCUAUGGCUGCCAAGGGCCUGCCUGUGAGCUGCACUGCAGAAAGCCCCACACCACAAGCCCUGGCUGCAGGUAUCAGGAAAGUGCUGAAGCCAGACAAGUGCUGCUGAGGUCUGUGCCGAGCCAGCCCCUUCCCAUGCUGGGACAGCUCACUGCUGCCUCUAGGAUGGACCCCAGACACAGAGAGGAGCUCUGGAGAAGCUGCCCGUGAGCAUGUCACCGUCCACUGUGGAGUCCAGCUUGAAAUCUAGGCCAAGUACACUGGCCAUUAGACCUGGGACAAAGAGCUUCCUGCAUCUAGAAAGAAGGAAAUGAAAUCAACCACGUGGUGACUUGGGGUUGCUGCCCACUCUUUUACAAACUGUAUUUCUUUUAUGUGUAUUGCUGUCUUGUCUGCAUGUACAUCUGUGGGCCGUAUGCGUACCUGGUGUCUGGAGAAGCAAGGUGAGGGUGGCAGAUGCCCUAGAACUGGAGUUAGAGAGAGCUGUGAGCCACCAUCUGGGUCCUGGGAAGUAAACCCAGGUCCUCGGAAAGAGUAAGUGCUCUCAACCACUGAGCCAUCCCUCCAGCCCACUACUAUCAUCCGUGCUUCUCGGUGCAAGGUGGUGUUCUGGGGCAGCAGAGCAUCAGAGUCUCUGAUGCUGACCUGGUAAGGGUAAUAAAUCACUGCGGUAAGAAUGAUAAAUCGCUAUGUGUGAAGUGCAUUUAGUCAUCAUUAAAUAAAUAAAUACAUAAAUAAAUAGGACGGAGCCGAUCAUGGUAGCACUGCAGGAAUGGAGACAACAGUCAUGAACUUAAGGUAAGCCAGGAUAUAUGGUGAGACACUAUACACAAUGUCUAAAAAUUCCAAAGUUCUGGCUUUGUGGGAGGGGUGGCUGUGGAUAAUUAUGCUUUAAAUGCAGAGAUUUUUUUUUAAAUCUCAUUUUAAAACAUAACUACAGCAUAUCUAUCAGGCUGGCUGCCUCUGGACUGUGUGUGUACACGUGAGUGUGUGCGUGCGUUACAGAAAGGCUCUGAAAGCUGUAUCUACAGACUAUAUUUCUACUAGGCAAUCCCAGACUAGAUUGUGCUGUGGUAAGAAAACCUAUGUUUGUCUUUUAGCAGCCUGUGGGCUGGUGGGAGGAAAGACAGCUAUGCGCUCAUGCGGCUGUCUUCACGGAAGGCCAGGUUGGAAGGCAUCUUCGCUUAUGUGCACACUAUGCCCAGCCUGAUGCAGUAAGCCUUACACAUGUGGUCUGAUCCUCAGAGCAACUCUGAAACCCCUGAGCCACCUCACAUCAUCGGCACAGUAGAGGAAGAAGGGUAUAUGCCGUGGUUUGGGCAUGGUUGGGAAUGUACCCCUCUAAGUUUGAUAUGGUAUGGUCUUAGUCCCCAGAUGUUCAUGGAAUCUUUAAGAGGCUGGGCAUAGGGCUGGCAAGUUGUCAGAGCCUCAGUGGAGUAAAGGCCUUGAUGCCAACUUUAUAACUAAGUUCAGUCUCUGGAGUCCACAUGGUAGAAGGAGAGAACUGACUCCCACAGGUUGUCCUCUGACCCCAACACAUGGUGUGGAAAUAAAUAAAUAAGUUUAAAGUUU